GCCUAGCGAAUCAUUAGAAAUUAAUCCAAAUGACCUGUUCAAUUUUCAUUUUUUGAACAAAAUCCGUGGCAAUUACAUUAAAAUAGAAGUCUCAUGUAUAGAAAGAUUAUGCUUAGACUGUAAUUCAGAGUUUACAGCUAAACAACAUAUGAGAAAUGAAGCCAAAGGAUGGUUAUUUCACGAUGAUAAAAAAUUAAAG